CACAAACACACACACUCAUGUGCAGACUCCAUUACAGACAGACAGCAGCAGAACACACGGAUCACACCACGCUUUAACUUGUAAGAAACAGCAGAUAUAUAAGAGAGAGACUGCUGACCCUCUCAGCAUCAUCAUGGCAGCAGCCAGCAUCUCUCACUCUGGAUCAACGGGUUCCAAUCUGGCCUUUGAGGAUUAUUCUCUCUACAGUAAUCUGAGUGAUGAUGAGCUGCUUCAGCUCGCCAUCGAGCGCAGUCUGACCGACACCCAUUGCAACACAGCCACCAAUGACACAACCAACACCAGCAACACAACCACCAACAACACAACCAACACCAGCAGCAUCAGCAGCUCCAGCAACACCACCACCAAUACAACCAACACCAACAGGCCUCCUCAUCACCGAGACAACAGACCGAACCCUUCGGCCAGAAACACAAACCAACCCAGCCACAGUGGCCAUAAUCCUCCUCCGGCCGAAACCACUGCACACUACAGUUCUCCAAAUCCUCCGAGUGAGAAGCCUCCUGAUCCGAAGACGUUUGACGGGACGAUCAGCCGUUUCAUGACAGGUUCUGGAAAGAGGAUGGUGGCGUACCGCAGACCUGAUGGCAACGUGGUCUACAUGGCUCCAGAACCUGAAGAGGAGGAGGAGCCUCUGUUCAAAGCGAUCCGUACAGGUGAUGCAAACACAGUGAGAGCGCUGGUGAUGGAUCCAGGAACAAACCUGAUGCUGCCCAGUAAACCAGGCUGGCUGGCGGUUCACCAGGCGGCGUGGUUCGGCCAGGAAGCCUGUCUGCGAAUGCUGCUAAUAGCUCAACCAGGGAUGGUCAACAAGAGGACAGCGCGUGGCGAGACGCCACUACUGGUUGCUGUCGGCAAACUGCAGCUGCAAUGUGCUGAAGUGCUGCUGGACAAUGGAGCUGACCUCGACAUCAUGAACAACGAUAAAGAGACUCCCCUCUAUAAAGCCUGUGAGAGGAACAAUCCUGCAAUGGUUGCAAUGCUGCUGAACCAUGGAGCGGCUGUCAACACGCGCUGCAUUAUGGGAUGGACGGCUCUGCAGGAAGCUGUGGGUCGAAACAAUGUGGAGAUCUGUGAGAUGCUACUGAAGGCUGGAGCCAAACUCAACCUCACCAACAUGUACGGCAUCGCGCCGCUGUUCACUGCAGCUCAGACUGGGCAGCUCGCCACACUGCGCUUACUUCUCAAACAUGGUGCAGACCUUAACAGUCAGGCAGCUGAUGGAGCCACGGCCCUGUACGAAGCUGCUAAAAAUGGGCAUGAGGAAGUCGUGGAGUUCCUCGUCUCCCAGAAUGCUGAUGCCAACAAACCCGGAAAGACAGGACUCCUACCACUUCACAUUGCUGCCCAGAAAGGAAGUGACACCAUCGUCUCCAUGUUGAUCCCAGCCACUAGUAAGGCCAGAGUCCGGCGCACUGGCAUCAGUCCACUGCACAUAGCAGCUGAGCGUAACCGAGAUGAUGUUCUAGAGUCCCUGAUUGACGCCGGCUUUGAUGUCAAUGCCCAGUUGUCUGAGGAGCGCACAAAGCUGUAUGAGGACCGCCGCAGCACUGCACUUUACUUCUCUGUCAUCAACAACAACAUUGAUGCUGUGCGCAUGCUGCUGGCUGCUGGUGCAGACCCAAACCUGGACGUGUUUAAGCCGCUGAUGGUGGCAGCCAGGCUAGGCUGCAUCCAGACAGUCACCCUGCUAGUGAAGCAUGGUGCCGAUAUCAACGCUCGCAUCCCCACCCACCCCACCACCUUCCCUGCUGUCUACAUGUUCUCCAUGAAGUACCUGUCCAUGUUCAAGUACUUGCUAGACCAUGGAGGCGACGCUAUCUCCUGCUUCAAGUGUGUGUAUGGCAGCCGGGCUCAUCCGCCAAUCAAGACCACUCGAUCGGAGAGAGAAGCGGUUCGCAGCACUGACCUACAGGGGAUGCAGAUGAAGGGAGGCAUUCAGUUCUGUGAGAUGAUCUCCGUUCCCAGUAUCUCUCGGUGGGCGGGGCCAAUUAUUGAUGUCCUAUUGGACUACGUUGGUCAUGUGAGUCUCUGCUCCAGACUGACAGAGCACCUGGACAGUUACGCUGACUGGAAAAACAUCAAGGAUAAAGCAGCUCCUCCACGGCCGCUGAUGCACCUCUGCAGGCUGCAGAUUCUGCAGCUAGUUGGACAUCGAAAGUUGAAGAAGCUGCCGCUGCCUGGGAGUCUGAUUCGCUUCCUGAAACACCAGGAGGCGUCGCUCGAUGACGACUGAUUUUUAUCCAGUUAAAUCAGCUGACUGACUGAUUGAGCUGUACUUACUUCUGAUCCACACUCCAGUGGAGCUGGAUACGAUUGAAACUUUCACAGUGUGACUCCUGAAUGUGAAACAUCACUGGCACAGCAGCAGAACAUGCAGUGGAUAAUGCUGUAAAUGUUAUUUAUUUUUUGUGAUUUAGGAAAGUAUUGUGUUAUAUUCAAACGUCAUUUCAAACCCAAGAGGAGAUACAUUUUUACUUGAUGGAAAAGGAGGCUGAGAGCCGAACUCUAAUCUUACAAGUUAAGGAUAAUGCAUUCUGGCUUUCAUUAGCUGAUCCCACAUGCUGCUAGUUCUUCAGUGUUUGGUUGCACAUUAGCACUGUCCUGCCAUGUUUAGUAUUUUCAAAGGAUAAACCCUCACUCCCAAGUGCUUCACUGUAAGGCAACUAGGCCCCCAAAUCACAUGGUUAAUGACCCAUUAACUACAGACUGAAGGUGUUAAUAGUGGUCAAACUAUACGGAAAAGGAUCUUAAGACUGCAUUAUAAGUAGCUGAUAAGUUGUGUUGUAGACCCCAUCCUUUGUUUAGAGAUGGCUGUUCCUGUUUACCAAAGACGGCCUCCUUUACUCCUCUCUCAGACCAUCUGUCUUGUCUGUCCAGAAUACAGACAUUGUUGUUCUCAGAGAAGUGCCCUUAUCCUUUAGAUACAGCUGGACUGCAGAGUCGUCUGUCCUGUGUUGAGCCUCUGGACUGAUGUUUUGUCUCCCCUGUAUAUAGGUCUAUGCACUCCUCUCUGCAUUGGACUGCAUAUACAACGCUCCCCUCUGUUCUAGUGAGAAAUAAGGAGGCCUCCUGGCUGCUUUCUCGUGAAACACUUUGGAUUUCAAUGACUUGGAUGACUGAGGAUCACGUAGAAUCUCACAGUUUCAUUGCCCUGAUGAUGCUGAGGCCUCCCUUCAGGACAUCCCUAAGACAUCUCCAUAACUUCUAUGUGUAAUAAAUGGUUAUAAAUCUUUCA